GGUGUGUGGCGGGAGGGAAGAUGGCGGACCGGCGGCGCCAACGGGCCUCGCAGGACACGGAGGACGAGGAGUCGGGCGCGUCGGGCACCGACAGCGGCGGUUCUCCGGCCCGGGGAGGCGGCGGGGGAGGCGGCGGAGGAGGAGGCGGCGGCGGGGGCGGCGGGGGCGGCGGCUCCUCGGGCUCCCAGCGCGGCGGCCGCGCCGGGGCCCUCAACGCCCGGCGGGCGGACAGCGGAGGGACCGGACCCCACGACGAGUCCGAGUGUGAGAGCGAGGAUGGAAUCGAGGGAGAUGCCGUGCUCUCCGACUACGAAAGUGCCGAGGACUCGGAAGGGGAGGAGGGAGAAUACAGCGAGGAGGAAGGCUCCAAAGUGGAGCUGAAGGCAGAAGCCAACGACGCGGCGGCCAAUUCUUCGGCGAAAGAUGACAAGGGGGAGGAGGAGCCGGAAUCGAAAGGCACCGUGACGGGCGAGAGGCAGAGCGGGGACGGACAGGAGAGCACGGAGCCCGUGGAGAACAAAGCGGGCAAGAAGGUCCCCAAGCACCUGGACGAUGACGAGGACCGGAAGAAUCCGGCUUACAUCCCGCGGAAAGGCCUUUUCUUCGAGCACGAUCUCCGCGGGCAGACCCAGGAGGAAGAAGUCAGGCCCAAGGGGCGGCAGCGGAAGCUGUGGAAGGACGAGGGCCGCUGGGAGCACGACAAGUUCCGGGAGGAUGAGCAGGCGCCCAAGUCGCGACAGGAGCUCAUCGCCCUUUAUGGCUACGACAUCCGCUCCGCCCACGACCCCGACGCCGUGAGGCCCCGCCGGAGGCGCAAGCCCAGGUUCGGCAGUCCCCCGCAGCGGGAGCCCCACUGGAGCGGCGAGCGGCCCAACAAGCCCCCACGCUACCACCAGGGCCCCGGGGGCCCCCCGCCACCCCCUCGGACGUUCAUCAACCGCAGCGCAGCGGGCACGGGCCGCACGCCCCUGCCCAGGGCCCACCUCCGGCCGGCCGGCUCCAAGGAGGGCCGCGGUGGCCCGAGGCCCACGGAGGCCGGCGGGCACCUGGGCACGCGCCCCGGGGACCCGGCCGCCCACGAGAACGGCUACCGCACGCGGCGCGCGGACGCGUUCCCGGCCAGGGAGCCGUCCCCCGAGGUCGAGGCCGAGGCCGCCCGCGUAUCCGGCGGCCCCCGGAGGGAGGAGGAGGAGGCGGGGGCUCCGGAGCAGCCCCCCGCACCCGACCCGGCGCCGCCGCCGCCCCCCGACAGGCCCGUCGAGAAGAAGUCGUACUCGCGGGCGAGGAGGACCCGGACGAAGGCGGGAGACCAGAGCAAGCCGGGGGAUGAGGCGCCUCCUCCCCCCGAGGGCCGGCCCGGCCCCCCGGCCCCCCGGCCCUCCGGCCCCGGGUCCAGCCCCCCUCCCCCAGCAAAGGCCGGGAGCUGGGAGCCCCCUGCGGAGCCGGGCCUGGCGGGGCUGGAGCAGGACGUGAGCCAGAUGAACCUGACAGAGCCAAGCUGGAGCCCCGGGCAGUCCCAUUUCCUCCAGCCCCGGGAGCUGCGGGGAAUUCCCAGCCACGUGCACGUGGGAGCCGGUGCCCCCCAGCCCCCACCUCCACCGCCGCCUCAGUUUAACCGGAUGGAAGAGAUGGGCGUCCAGGGCAGCCGAGCCAAACGCUACUCCUCCCAGCGCCAGAGGCCCGUGCCGGAGCCCCCCGCGCCCCCCGUGCACAUCAGCAUCAUGGAAGGGCAUUAUUACGACCCACUGCAGUUCCAGGGACCAAUCUACACCCACAGUGACAGCCCCACCCCUCUGCCCCCACAAGGCAUGCUUGUGCAGCCAGAGAUGCACCUCCCUCACCCAGGUUUACACCCCCACCAGACGCCAGCGCCCCUGCCCAACCCGGGCCUGUACCCCCCACCGGUGUCCAUGUCCCCGGGGCAGCCACCUCCACAGCCACUGCUCGCUCCCACCUACUUCUCUGCUCCGGGUGUCAUGAAUUUCGGCAGUCCCAACUACCCCUACCCAGCAGGGGCCCUGCCCCCGCCACCGCCCCCGCAUUUGUAUUCCAACACCCAGGCUCAGGCGCAGGUGUACGGAGGCGUCACCUACUACAACCCCGUCCAGCAGCAGGUGCAGCCCAAACCCUCGCCCCCCCGGAGGACCUCCCAGCCCGUCACCAUCAAGCCUCCGCCCCCCGAGACCCACAGGACUCAGAGCCCCAAGGAAGAGAGGCUGGCCUAGGGACGUCUGCCUGGGACCCCUGGACGCAGCGGGCGGCUCGCACCCUGGAGAGAGAGAGAGAGAGAGAGAGGCCCCGCCUUGGCCCAGGGACUUCUGGAAGGGCCGUCCCCGACCGCCCGCCCCCUCCCUCCUCCUCGCACCCCUUCCCUCCCUCCCUCCCAGGCCCCUUUCCCACUCAAGUGGUCAAUGAAAACCUUGCCGGAAUCCCCAAGGUUCGCGUUCCUGUCCUAAACGGAACCAGUCGGCCCCACUGAGUUUCCCAAAGUCAGCCCCACUGUGUUUCUCCUCCCCCUCUCCAAUGUAGGAUAAGCAUGAAUGUGACCAGUCCGACUCCCUCCCACCACCACCUCCUCUCUCCCCUCCCUUUUUUUUCUUAGCUUUUGUUUGUUUCUGUUGUUGUUGACGUGAACCGAUUCUGGCCAGCUCCUUGCCCGUGUGCCCGUGCCCUCAGAGGCUUUCAGUGGAGGUGGGGGGCGGGGGCGGAGGGGGGCGUGCCCGCCUCCUCCCCGCACCCCCCCCAGGGCAGGGGUGCUCUUCAGUUGAAGAUGCGGAUUGUCGGCCCCGAGGGAGCCGGGAGGGCCCCAUCUGUUGUGAGGCGGGGAUGGGGUUUGGCGGGGGGGGGGGAGAUGAUGGCUCUUGCAGGCUGCCUGAGGCAGCGGGCAGGUCUCCCAGCCCCACCGGCCCCGCCCCCGCCUUCAAGCGCAGAGAGAAACCCAGAUGGGUCCGGGGGGCCUCUCUUGGGUGUCAGAGGGGGGUGGGGUGGGGUAGGCAUGUGCCCUCCUCAACCUGGGCCCCGGAGCCUCACUGCCGCGGCCGGCCUGCCCCGUCCUGCGGGUCCCCUCCAGCCGUGGGUCUCGGGGCCGAGGCUGAGCAGAGCCAGGUCGGCGGAGCCCAACCGGCACCUCCGCGGCUCUGCCCUCGAGCCCCACGUGACCCUCUGGAUCCAGAUGUGGGCCGAGACCUCUCCCAACCCUCCUGCGGCAGAACCUCUGCCUGCCUUAAAGCCCUUGGCCGGUCCCAUCAUUGGCCACUGGCACCGUGCCCAGAGGCGCCCACCCUUCCAGUCCGCACCGUGUGCUCUAGGUGGGUCGCCCCCCCCCCCCCCCGCAGCGGACCAGGGUGACGUGCAUGUCAGGGUGGGUGUGACUGGUCAGAGACAAUAAACUUUUAGACGGUA